UACUACUUGUGCUCAACUGACAAACCCACCGAUUGAUCAAGAUGAAAAGACUGCUCAAACUAGUCAGAGCCCAUCCACAUUCAACCGCAUCCGCUCUACGCGCCUCUGCAGCUCCUCCAGCGUCAGGGAUCGCUUCCGUCGACAACUCACAGGGUGCCUCGGCUGCUGCUGCAGAGCUAUCAAAUGUUCUUGGUACCUCGCUCAAGGACAUUGACCUCGAUGGAAACCUCAAUGCCCAGGCACGGGCUCUGGUCGCGCGCUUAGAUGAUGAAGCAUCUAAGUAUGAGAACUCACAGCUCACCCCUGAGCAAUGCGACGUAAAGUGGACUUGCUCUCGGGAACAAGCUCGCUUUAUAUCGCUCGCAUGGGAUUGCGCGAGCGAGUCUUACAACCCCGUGCCUGCCAGCCUCCCACGCACUCUCCAAGAUUGUGUACUCAAGCAUGACCAUGUGGUCAUGCCUUCUAUCAAUGGGACUGUCAAGGCUGCCACUUUUACAACGGUCGAGUCGAAGGAUACGUCAAACAAAGAUGGUCUCCCGCCUGUGUUGGUCAUCGCGAUCAGAGGUACUGCUAGUACCGUAGAUCACAUAGUCAACAUCAAUAGCAGACCACAAGAUGCAGGUAAAUUUAUUGAUAUCACGCAGUUCCUAUCCGGGAAAGAGUCAGCGCAGAAGAAGCUGGAAGCCCAUUCAGGAUUCUUACACAGCGCUAUUGCCCUGAGAUCUAUUGUCUCCGAAAGAAUAGAGGCCUAUAGUCGUCUUCACGCUGAACAUGGCGGCCACGUUCUGUUCACCGGCCAUUCUGCGGGGGGCGCCGUGGCCUCGCUGUUAUUCCUCCAUUACAUCUCACAAGCAAACCCCCAGCUCGCGACGCACUUUUCAUGCAUUACAUUUGGCGCUCCACCGGUAGUAACGUUGCCGUUGAUGGACAGCAUCAACCACCAGAGACUGCCUACUCAUCUAUGCAUGAACCUCAUCAACGAGUUCGACCUUGUCACUAGGGCAGAUAAGAGCUAUAUUCUCUCUUUGCUUGACUUAAUACGAGCAAGCGACGAUCAGACAUCCGUCGCUUCCAAUACGGAAGAUUCUCGCAAGCAAGGCUCUGGUUCGAUAUCCGGGUCCUCCGAAGACUUCUGGCCGUUGCCUCGUUCUCUUUAUUGCCAUGUUGGGCCUCGGAUCAUUCUGUUCAUGCGACUGGAGAGCUCUCAUGAACAGUUCCUUCAGUUACAUGCAGCUCAAGUAUCACGCGAGGAGUUUGAUAGAUUACUAUUCUGUCGUCUUUCCGUACAUAUGAGGAAAUACUAUGCGCAAACAGUAGGACAACUUACGGUUGGUCGGGCUAAUUGAGAAACUGGAUGGCUUCAUGAGUGAAUAUUAGAUGCCUUCAACUACGAGAC